GCUUGAAUAGCAGUGUCAAAUCCCUUCGCACUCCGCCACACGUUCACUCUCUCUAAAGGACACAGCGCAGGCAGAGGCAGACCCAGAGCUGCCCGAGGAGAGGACCCCGGCUCCACACGUCCAGCACUCGGAAUUUCACUAGAUUUCUUUCGACUUAUUCAUAACCGAAGACAGGAAAGGGGUCUGCUGACUAGCUAGGCGGGAAUGCAAAAGAAAGUCUAUCAUGGGUUGGUAAUACCGGACCUAGCUGACCAGAAAAGCGCAUAGGACAACACUGCUGAACCGCUGUGGUGGGAGAUUUCACAACUUGUGUUUGAGAUUGUUUUGUUUUGGUUCGCACUGACAUUUGAGCCAAGGACAGCUGGUGAAGACUACAAAACAGCUUUAUUUCCACUGAGGACGAAGGACUUUGAAGAACUUUCUGAAAUUGCAAUUCAUUUGGGGAUUUUAAGGUCAACCAAAACAAGCGUGCAUCUGUGCUAUAGCUGAACGGAGUCUCCAGAUUUCCUGAAUAGACAUUUUGGACAUUUUAUUGCCAGUUCUCGUCACUUUUGCCAUUUAAACAGAACAGAGUCAAUAGUGUGUCUGGAUAGAAUGCUUUAGAUGUGUAGAUAACAGCAAACUGGUUCAACUAGUUUUAAGUCGGAGAAAGAGCGAGAGAGAGAGGAGGGCAGGGCUUUUUAACCUCGUCCGCAGGGAAGUUGAAGGUUUUUUUUUGUAUGUUUUGUGUCUUUUUGGGGAGAAAGCUGUUGAGGAGAUAUUGAGAAGCGCUUGGUGACACUACACAGAAUAGGUGAGGUCUAUUACUUGUAAAGACAGAAAAAAACGAGGGGGGCGAGAAAGUGUUCUAAUUUAUUGUUUCCUGUGCAAAGGAGGCUGCAACCUUUCCUCUCUUUUCUAGCUUGAACUCUGCUCUGCUCAAUGUUAAGUUUUCACGCAGUUCGAUAGCCAAUGAGCAGAGGUCAGGGCUACAAAACACAGGCGUGAAUAGGCUGGGGAGCGAAGAGGGGAUUAUACAAAAGCACUAGAGUGGACCUAGGUCAGAAAAAACACACGGCCAGAGGGGAGAGGUCACUCACAAGGACUGCAAGACAACUAUUUUAUCUUUACCAACAGAAACCUGCUUGGAAAACCAGUAUUUUUUCAUCAGUUGGUAUGAUUUUAUUCUUCUGACAUUUGCAAAAAAAUAAAUAAAAAUCAUUAUAGAAGUAUAACAAAUUUUUACCAACUUGAGAAGAAGAGGUCAAGCAAACACGACUACAAGACUACUUCCAUUUUUUUUUUAAUGGACAGAUAUCUGCUUGGACAACCAGUCUUUUUGAAUUGAUAAGUACUUCUGAUAAUUGCAAAAAAGUCAGUAUUGAAGAAAGUAUUGAAGAUUUCUACCAACUUGAAAAGAAGAGGUCACUUGAACUAUAAAACUAUAUAUUUUUGGACAAAGCCUGCUUGGAAAACCAGUCUUUUUGUGUAUGAUUUUGAUUUUGAGAGCUGAAAGACAAUAUACAAGAAAAAACAACUUUUUUAACAAAUUUUUGUUUUGUUUUUUUGACAAUAUUUUGAAGCCAGCCGUGCCUCACAUAAUUUCUAAACAUUUAUGGAAACAGUUUUGACACUACCCUAAAAGACUGCAUGCUUCUAAUACUUGAAAGUUAUUAGUAGUAAUAAUUAUAGGGUCGUGCGGGGGCUUGAGUAUGGCCAUGGUGAGCGGGGGAUGGGGUAACCCUAAUGGGGACACAAACGGACUUGGGGAGAAGUACCUGAGGAGGGAGGAAGAGGAUGGCUCACCUCAGGCCGGCAGCAGCGAUGUGGAUGUGGCCGAUGAAGAUAAGGCCUGCGUGGUGGACUGCGUGGUGUGUGGAGACAAGUCCAGUGGAAAACAUUAUGGAGUCUUCACAUGUGAGGGCUGCAAGAGCUUCUUCAAACGCAGCGUAAGGAGAAACCUCAACUACUCCUGCAGAUCAAACAGAGAAUGCCAAAUAGACCAACAUCACCGCAACCAGUGCCAAUACUGUCGACUGAAAAAGUGUUUCAGAGUGGGCAUGCGCAAAGAAGCGGUGCAGAGGGGCAGAGUCCCUCCCUCUCAUGCUGUGAUCAGCCCUGGGUCUCUGGGGGCCGGAGUGGGGGGUCCCGGCGUUGGUCACAUGGGGCCCGACUACUUCAAUGGUCAGCCGGUCUCAGAGCUCAUCUCCCAGCUCCUCCGUGCAGAGCCUUACCCCAGCGGACGGUUCAGUGCCCCCUACGGACAGGCGCAGAUGCAGGGGUCCGGGGGGGCUUCUGUCAUGGGCAUAGACAGUAUCUGUGAACUGGCAGCACGGCUUCUCUUCAGCACCAUCGAGUGGGCCAGAAAUAUACCAUACUUCCCUGAACUACCAGUGUCAGAGCAGGUGGCGCUGUUGAGGCUGAGCUGGAGUGAGUUGUUCAUCUUAAAUGCCGCUCAGUCCGCCCUGCCUUUGCACAUGGCGCCCCUGCUGGCCGCUGCGGGUUUCCACUCCUCACCCAUGUCUGCCGAGCGUGUGGUCUCCUUCAUGGACCAGGUCAGAGUGUUCCAGGAUCAGGUGGAAAAACUGAACCGACUCCAGGUGGACACGGCCGAGUACAGCUGCCUCAAGGCCAUCGCCCUCUUCUCACCUGAUGCGUGUGGUUUGACAGACCCCGCCCACGUGGAGUCCCUGCAGGAGAAGGCUCAGGUGGCUCUGACCGAGUACGAGAGGCUGCAGUACCCAAACCAGCCACAACGCUUCGGCCGGCUCCUACUGCGUUUACCUGCCCUCCGCGCUGUCCCCGCUAACCUCAUCUCACAGCUCUUCUUCAUGAGGCUCGUGGGGAAAACUCCCAUCGAGACUCUGAUUCGGGACAUGCAGCUGUCUGGGAGCUCCAUCAGCUGGCCCUACGUCCCCGGACAGUGAAGAGAAGGAGGCGCCAGAGCAGAGAUCAGACAAAGAGGAUUCACAACACAAUAAAAGAUUUGUAAUAUUAAACAAAGCAGACAAGAGUUAUGCAGGUGUUUCAGAAGCACUUUUUCAUUCUCUGUGAAAUUUAACCAUAGGGCCAAUUCAAACCCGUGGAAUAGAAAUUACUGAUAGUAGUAGGUAGGUAAAAAAACACAGAUUAAAGGUGCACAGUGUAACUUUUACAGUAGAAGGUUAAACUUUUGAGAAUGAACCCCAUCACAUUCUAGAAUCCGAAAAUAGCUUUGCCUUGAAUGUUCCACAGUAUGGCAUUAAAUGUAUCCAUCUCCAUAGUUAAAGUAGGUCACACCACCAGGCCAAGUUACAGGUCAGAUCCGUGGAGAGGUGACCCCAUUCACUGUAAAAAUGCAUGUUUUUCACCAUUUAUUUGAGCAACAGAACCACCCAAGCAAGAAAAGUUACACAGUGCACUUACAGUUUCCUUACUUUAAAAGGAAAAGGCAAGUCUAAUUUGGAUUUAAAUGUGCAAAAAACUAAAUUUAUCAGUGAUUUGGAAGAUAUAGGUGUGAAGGAAAAUACAACACCACUUAUAAACGAUUCUAGCUGGAGAUUUCUUAUUCUCAUUUCUAGAUACUGUAUAUUAGCAGCACUUGUAAGUCCUCUGUCUGAUCUCUGGUGCUCUGGACAAACAUAAAUACAGACUGUAAAAGGCUACAUGCCAUCUCUACCUCCUCCGACCCCCCCCUCUCUCUCUUUCCCCCUCUAUCUCUCUCUCCGUGUGGACCCAAGCCGAGUUUCACUGAAGCCAUAGCAGCCCUAUUUUCAGGCCUCUACAUUGUUUUAAAGCUUGUGGGACACAGACGACAGACUUUGUUACCAAAUGUAUUUCUGAAGACUGCAAAGGAUCAUUUUGCACAACAACACAUAGGCAAAAUAAUAAUUAGAAUAAUAAUAAUGUUGUAUUGCAAUGUAGAAGGCCCCAUGACCAGACUGGACCACCAAAACAUACCGUAUAGUAUUUCGCUCACGUCAGUACUGUUUGAACUAGAAAGAGACACGUAAAUCCCCAGAUAUUUAGUUUGGGCUGACCUACUGCUUAAAGAUGUACUAUGUAACUUUUCUGGUCCGCUACCUGCUUGUCUCCAUGGUGACAAGAUUGCACAUUAUAAUGAUAAAACUGAUCUCUCCUCAUGUAAAGGAGCGGGUGAUUCUACAUACUAAGGCCUAGUUACAGGUCAGAUCUGUAAAGAGGCAACUCCAAACAAGCAGGCAAAGUACAACAUCUCACCAGAAAAGUUACACAUUGCAGCUUUAAAGGACAGAUAUAAAGAAAAUACAGAUAUAAAGAGAAAAAAAGGACAGAUAUAAAGAAAAAAAUGUGAUGACACUGCUCCAUUAUUGUUAAAACACAACUGUGGAUGUCUAAAGAUUAUCUUUAUUUCAAUUUUUUUAAUGUUUUAAGCAGAGUAGUGUACAAUUUAAGCAGUAACUGUAAUUUGUUGUCAUUUCAAAUCACAAUUUUUCUACAUAUCGACCCAAAAAUAUCGCAAAGUGGAGUCUAAAAUAUUGCGAUCAUGAAGAAAACUUAUAUUUGUCUCUAGUUUUAACCUUCAUUUAGUCAUUCUACACUUUUUUUUUUAACAUAUCUAAUCUUUCAGAGUGAUCAAAAAUCAGGACAGUUGCCAUAGCGAUUAACUAUUUAAAACAAAAAUGUAUGCAUGCAACAAGAAUCUGAAGUAUGCAAUUUAGUUUCAAUACUAAACGUACGCUCAUAGCAUCUUCGCAUCAUCUUUGUGUAAAUUUUGUACUCUUAAAACUUGGCAUGCCUGACCACAAACCACUACGGAGUAUUACAGUGAAAGCGUAGUCUUACAGCGCCCCCCAGUGGUACGAGUGGAGAAAAAACACUUUGCAAGUUGAAUGUACAGCUGCUCCCGGACAGUUCCAUCCUGUCUGACUUUAUUACCUCAUAUUUUAUACAUGUUGAUUGUACAGAGAAUACUCAUGUGCUUAAGAUAGUAUAAAGGGAUCAAAGUAUUUUCAAAAAUGUCUCCAUGCUUUUAAAUGUGAAUAUCGGUUUUGAAGAAGCGGUACCCAAAGUUUGACCCAAAGUUAUUUUCAAAAAUUCUCAACAGUUUUAUAAAGAAAGCAUUUGACAUUUUUGUAAUUUUGUGGAUGCCUUUCAUAACAGAUUGUGAAUGUUUUUAAAGUUACGAGGUUGUGUGGUACAAUGUUAAAUUCUUAUACUUGAUUUUAUAUGCCAACAUUUGACUUUUGUUUUGUUAAAGCUGCUCUAUGUAACUUUUCUAUCUGUUGGAGAGUCUAGCGCUUGCCCGUUUCCAUGGAGACGUUAUUGCUUUGCCUAGAAUGUUCCACGGUAUUGCAUUAAACGUAUCAAUCUUGCAUUCUUACUGUGAUUGUGCUCGCCUCUCCUCAGACCUGACCUGUAUCUUGGGCUUGUUGUGUCACCCGCUUGUCUCCGUGUAUGUAUAAAAGAAUAAGAUCAUACUGUGGGACAUUCUAGGCAAAGCAAUCUCCUCGGAGACAAGAAAAGUUACAUAUUGGAGCUUUAAAUUGUAAAAACAACACUGGCUACGACCCCUUGCUGAUCGUGACAGCAUUUUCUCAGAGAAUUGUGUUAUUUGUCAAAUUAUUAACUUGAGUGAUUUGUCUGUGUUUCUUUGUGUUUUAUGAAAAUGCCAAACUUCAAAAAUGCAAAUUUGUUUGUAUUUCUGGACAUUUUUGAAUUUUGAGAAAUAAAAAUAUGCAGAUUU